ACAAAAUCCAUGUACCCCCGGAAAGAGUUAUUAUGGGCGCGGUCGUUACAACUAUCGUGGAAUUACAACUAUGGACCAGCAGGGAGAAACAUAACUCAUAUUAAUCUUUUAGAUUAUCCAGAACGCGAAGCCACAGAUCCGGUUGUGUCAUUUAAGACUGCUCUAUGGUUUUGGAUGGUUAAUUGUCACUAUAGUAUAAAUGCGCAUCGAGGUUUUGGAGUUACUAUUCGGGCUAUCAACCCAAGUGAAUGCGCUGGUGGUAAUCCGAGCGCGGUUAAUGCUCGAGUUGGGUUUUACGAAGAUUACUGCAACCAAUUUCAAGUUGAUCUUGGCACUUAUCUGACGUGCAAUCUAGCCUCUGAGGCCAUAUCAUCUGUUGCAAUCAAAUAAAUAUGUACAAGCAGUUUAUUUGCUUGUACUUCUUUAAAAUCGAAUAAAUGUACGAGCAGUUUAUUUGCUCGCUUUGUUU